CCCCAAGUCAACGAUUUGGUAAAAUAAUCCCACGUUUUGGACAUGUAGCACUUCAGAGACGUUCCUAUGUUAUUACAAUAUAACCACGAAGGUUGUUGGCGCAUGUGUAUUAGCCAGUCGUCUUCUAGUUGUGUGUAGGAGUCUGUCAAGUACGACAUUAACCGUGUAGUCUUACGCUGUUUUUGAUUCAUUCCAGAUAAACUGCAACCCCCAACGCAUCACUGAAGCUCAGCUUCCGUAUACUUUACGCGCCAUGAAUAUACAUCACUUCCUGGCGAGACACGUUACAAAAUAAGAGCUGAGUACAAUUAACAAUUAAAUGCGUACAAACAAACAAAAACGUGUUAGCCUUCAUCAUGUUAGUUUUUUCGACAUACUGCCCAGGUUUCUCAAAUGGCGAAGCAGAGGCAAGCGACGGGUUACAGGACAGUUCACCCAACAUUACAGUAACAUUACUGGCACCUAGUGACCAGUGCGAGUACUACAUAUCAUCACAAAGUCUACUGAAUGUCUUGUGUUUUAGUUCAUUUAGCUAUUUUUACGCUUGAAAAUGCUUUGUUUGGGAAGAAAAUGACUAUAGGUUGUAUUCAACUACAAAACAGCUUGAUUUAUUAGUUAAAAAUGGAGAGGGUUUAUUGUAUUUAAAGCUGCUACGCUGUAUUUUGUUUUGCAUUUUGUUCCUUUAAAUGCCCAAAACCGUCACCUUAAAUGGUGUACAGUUACACCCUUAUUAGCUAUUAGCAUUAUUAGCAUUUACAUUACACCUCUACAAAUGAAAACAGGUAGCAGUUGGUACAAAGUGCCGAUCUUGCUCGGCACUAGCAUUAGCAUUUUGCGUAGCAUAUUGACACACAGCACUUUUGUCGAUUAAAAAGAGAUGUGCCAAUGCUAUUACAUUGUGUCUAGGCUAGGCUAGCAUGCUAGCUAUUAGCAAAACAAGCCACCAAGUCGGUUUCAAAUGUUGUUUCUGGUUUUGUAUUUUUUAAUCUGUUUGUCUUAAUAAAACAAAAAAAUAGUAAAAUAAAUAAUUAAAAAUAUAAUCAAAAUUAAUACAAAAUAUGAUUAAAAAUAAUGGAAAAUUAAAAUAAUUACAAAUAAAAUAAAUAAAUACAAAGUUUCAUGUUAAAAAUGAUCAAAGUUGUACUGUAAGAUGUUUAUUUGAAACCCUGACGCCCCUGUGCCGCGUCAUGGAUGAUGAUUUCUGGGAGAAGAACAGCUGCAAGUUUUCCCGCAGACAAGCUGGUCCUGGGUGGAACAACUCUAAACGCAUCGUCUGCGACACACAAACACACACCAGCAGAUUGCCGACACUGUGCGACUGCAAUGACAAUGCUCAAGCUGCUAUUCCUGCUCGUCCUCCAAGUGCAUCUUUCCGCUCCGUUGGAGGACAACAAGAUCCCCGCCAGUCUCUGUACGGGUCACCCGGGCAUCCCUGGCUCUCCGGGAGGUCACGGCAGCCCCGGUCAGCCGGGGAGAGACGGACGGGACGGGAGGGACGCCGCCCCGGGGGAGAAGGGAGAGAAGGGGGACACGGGAGCUCCGGGUGAGGUUGGCGCGCAAGGCCUAAACGGAGACAGAGGUGAUCGUGGAGAGCAAGGGCAGAAGGGUGAGGCGGGGCAGUGUGCCGUGUCCCCCAAAUCCGCCUUCAGCGCCAAAGUGUCGGAAGGCCGUGAACUGCCCCUGCCGGCCAGCGACACGGUGCUCUUUGACAAGAUCCUGCUCAACGAGCAGGGCGACUACAACGCUGAGACGGGACGCUUCACGUGCAAAGUCCCCGGAGUCUACUACUUUGCCGUGCACGCCACCGUCUACCGCGCCAGCCUGCAGUUUGACCUCAUGAAAAACGGACACGUCGUGGCUUCCUAUUUCCAGUUCUUUGGCAACUGGCCCAAACCGGCGUCCUUGUCGGGCGGGUCCUUGCUCCACCUGGUGCCCGGGGACCACGUGUGGGUGCAGAUGGCUCUGGGGGAGUACAAUGGAUUCUACUCCAGCACCAAGACUGACAGCACCUUCAGCGGAUUCCUGGUCUACUCAGACUGGAAAAACUCUGCAGUGUUCGCAUGAGCACUCAGGAACAACAUGGCCGACUGGAGGUUCAUAACAAACGGAGACAAGGAGCUCAACGCUUCUCUUCUGGUCUUCACAUGACCGUGGAAGCUUGAACUUCAAAGGGUGAUAUUUUGGUUCUAUAUAUAGACGUUCUAUAUAUUUCAUCUCAGCUUUGUCAUAUCCAGUAGGUGGAAAAGCAUCCACUUUUUUUCCACCAAUCUUUGCUGUUUUUUGACAUUUAAAAAAAUCAUUUCAACUUUAAUCUUCGUAUAUUUUGUUCUUGUAAUAUUAUGACUUUAUUCCCAUCAUAUUAUAAUUUUUCCCCCAACCUAAAAUACAACAUUAUUGUGUUUUGUUUAUUUAUCAUAGUAGUGUUACAGCUUAUUAGAAGACAAAAAUAUUCUUAAUAUUUUGACUCUAAGCUACUAAAAUGACAAUAUUUCCUCAUGAUAUUCUGAGUUGAUUCUAAGUAAAACUAUUACUUUUUUCUGUCUAGAAUAUCACCUUAAUAUUUUGACUUUAUUCUCGUAAAAUGGCAGUUUUUUUUGUUUUAUUUUCCAACUAUUUCAACUUUCUUCUUGUAAAUGUUCUGGUUGCAAUUACAACUUUAUUGUUGUAAAAUUGUAACUUCUUCUGCUACUCAAUUUUCCCACAAAAUUUUAACUUAUUAUUUUAUUUUUUUUAAUAGUAUUAUGACUUAAACUUUUUAUCUUAUUAUUUAGACUAAAAAGUAAAAAGUAAAAUGACUGCUGACUUUUCCAUUUUUUCCUGAUAUUUGCUCCCCUUUGUCUCUUUUAAUUACCAUUGUUCGCUGAUGACAGGAAGCUAUCAAGCUAAGCUAGCAUUUGAGACCUGUGGCUGUAGAAUUUCAAAUUAUACAAACAAAAAGGGAAAAAUAGAGCAUAAGGGCAUGCCUUAACAUGAAAAAGCUUCAAUGUUGAUAUACGUAACUAGGAGUCCAAACAUUAGUGCUGCAGAUGCUGGAAUAAAGUCAAUUCCAACUCUCUGCAGAGUCUUUUAUUCCUAAGAUCUUGACCAAAGUAAACACAUUCCAGUGGACACACACACACACACACACAC